AUGCGCCUCAACCCAACUAUCUACCGCAACUCAACUCAACCCCUUGAUGCUGAUGACUGGCUCCGCGACAUCAUGUAUGAAAUGGAGUUUGCUAGUGUUGCCCCUGCCAGCUAUGUCACCUUCGCAUCCUUCUUCCUCAAGGGUCCUGCUGCUCAAUGGUGGGACAGCCACAGUUGUACCCUACCUGCUGGAACAGUCAUCACUUGGCUGGAUUUCCAAGCUGCCUUUCGUGCCCGCUUCAUUCCUCAGGGAAUCAUGGACAGGAAGAAGCGAGAUUUCCGUAACCUCACCCAAGGCAACAAGUCUGUAGAUGCUUAUCAACGGGAAUUUCUGGACUUGUCACGUUAUGCUAAAGAAGACAUUGCAACUGAUGCUCGUAAGCAAGAGAAGUUUCGUGAUGAACUUCACCCUGAUAUCAAGCUAGCACUGCUCGUUCAUGACUUUGCCGACUUCGCCACAUUGGUGAACAAGGCCAUUCAUGUUGAGAUUGGUCUUCAGGAACACCAGGGAUCCCUCAGGCGCAGCCGUGAUGCUGGCUCAUCUUCGGGCCCAGACAGCCUCUUCGAACUGUACCACCUCGAGCCCCUGCUCCCGAUCCCAAUGAUGCGAAGCCGGGCACAUGAGAAGGCUACCAUCGCCUCAACUAACUCUCAUCAGUCUAAAUCCAUCCAUGAAAGCCAGGUGGUUCCGGGCAUUAAACCAGCUUUACAUACUGAAGCACCAGGUGAACCCACCCCGAUAUCGAACUUUGCUGGCCACGGUAAUGCAGAUGCAGAUGGUAAUGAGCAGAAUGUUGUUCAUCUCGGCACCGAUGAACCGCUAUCUCAAAGAUGUCAUGCAGUAAAAGCAGCGGAGGAUGUUGGUGCCUGCACCGACGACCCGUGA